AUGGCUCGGCACAGGGAUUCUCGCUCACCAUCGCCAACAGGAAGCCACCACUCAUCGAGACGAAGCCGAAGGGAUGAUAAUGGCCGACGCGAUCGAGAUAGAAGAGAUGAUGUUAGAGGACAGAGGCGUUCUCGAAGUCCUGACUGUCGCGAACGUGAUCGGGAUAUGACUCGUAGAAGAGAUCGUUCAGUAGGGAGACUAAAUGAUGAUUACCAUAGAUCAGGUCGUCGUGAUAGAUCUCGAGAUCGCAGGAGCUAUGCUGAUAGGGAACGAUCACCGGAUAGGAGACGACGUAGAAGUCGAGAACGAGAUUACCGUGACAGGCGAGACGAUUCUUAUGAUGAUAGGGCACGAAGACGCCGCGAGGAUUCUACUGACUCAUGGUCCCGUAGCAGAGGAGACGAAAACCGCGGACAAACUCCCAGAUCAGAUGCUGGUGCAAAAGCUAAUGCUCCGAAAGCAUCAACACCCGCAGCGCAAACCGAGGAACAGAAGAAGGCAGAACGUCUAGCAAAAUUGGAAGCAUGGAAGAAGAAGAUGGCCGAAGACAAAGAGCGUAAGGAGAAAGAGUUGGCAGCAGGUGGGACUCGGAAGUUACUUGAUGCUAUAGAUCAAAAGGCCAAUGGAUCUCCAUCCCUAACCUCGCCAAAUUCUCCCGCAACUCCUGCAACUCCUGCGACACCAGGCGAUCUCGCACCUCCAACGAAUUAUGCUGGGAAAUUUGAUCCGAAGGCAAUAGCUAAAAAGGCAGUGGCUAGCUCGAGUAGUGCAACUACUCUUGGGAAAGAUUUACCAUUAAAGGAAUUGUCUCAAGCGUCCGCCACCUUAACUUCUACGGUCAAAGGAUUACAAGCUGACAAAAAGCCAACAGCUUUCAGCAGCACCUCAAAAGUAUCUGCGUUACCUAAGACGAGGGGAAACCUCAGUGUUUUUGGACUUGGAGCAAAAGUUACCGACAAUGAAAAGACAUCUCAGAAACGUGCCUUGGAUUUUGAUGAAGAUGAAGGGUCAAGAAAGAAAUUAGAAAAGCUACCAACCCUACCAAUGGCAAACUCCGAGGAAGAUGAUGCUGCGCUCGCUAACGGUGUUGAGGAACAAGAUGAUGACGAUGAUGCUGAUUUGGAAGCUGCCGGUACGGAGGAAGAGGCGGCAGCUGCUGCUAGAGCUGCGGCGGAAAAGCGGGAAGAAAGAUUACAAGAAGCCGAAGCUCAACCGCAUACACAUGGCGAUGUCCAAAUGGAAGAAGCCCCUCAACCCGAUCCUACCGCUAUGGAUGAAGACGAAGAAAUUGACCCAUUGGAUGCUUUUAUGGAAGAAAUGGGAGAUCCUUUCUCAUUGCCGAAAAACAAUGCAACUUUUAUCAAAGAUAAUAUCAAGAGUCAACCACAAGAACCGGAACCUUUGUUCGGAGACGAUGAUGUGGACCUAAAAGCCUUGGAUGCGGAUCCUGAUGAAAUUCUUGCAAUUGCAAAUAAAGCAAGGAAGAAGAAGGACAUUCCAACUAUCAACUAUAGUGCUUUGGAUCUUCCACCAUUCCGAAAAAACUUUUACACCGAACCAACAGAACUUGCAGAGAUGACGGAAGCUGAAAUUGCUGAUUUACGACUCGAACUCGAUGGCAUUAAAGUAGCCAGUAAGGAUGUUCCCAAGCCUGUACAAAAGUGGUCUCAAUGCGGUCUUGACGUCAAGUCUCUGGACGUUAUAACAAAACUAGGUUAUGAAAGACCUACAUCAAUUCAAAUGCAAGCCAUUCCUGCAAUUAUGUCUGGCCGAGAUGUCAUUGGAGUGGCCAAGACGGGAUCGGGUAAAACCAUCGCUUUCUUGCUACCCAUGUUCCGUCAUAUUCGAGAUCAACGACCGUUGAAAGGUUCUGAUGGGCCUAUUGGUCUAAUCAUGACUCCUACGCGAGAAUUGGCAACACAAAUUCAUAAAGAAUGUAAACCUUUCUUGAAAGCAAUGGGACUUCGUGCGGUUUGCGCUUACGGAGGUGCUAUUAUCAAAGACCAAAUCGCUGAUCUCAAAAGGGGCGCGGAAAUAAUUGUUUGUACCCCUGGAAGAAUGAUCGAACUAUUGGCAGCAAAUUCCGGUAGAGUUACGAAUUUGCAACGUGUCACAUAUGUCGUUCUAGAUGAAGCUGACCGCAUGUUUGACAUGGGCUUUGAACCCCAAGUUAUGAAAGUUUUUAACAAUAUUCGCCCUAAUAGACAAACCAUUCUUUUUUCAGCUACCAUGCCUCGAAUUAUGGAUGCACUGGCUAAGAAGACACUUCAAUCACCAGUAGAGAUUGUUGUUGGUGGAAGAAGUGUCGUUGCACCUGAAAUCACACAAAUCGUCGAAGUGCGAGAAGAAAAAGAGAAGUUUCACAGACUUUUGGAACUUCUUGGAGAACUUUACAAUACAGAUGAAGAUGCUCGAACACUAAUCUUUGUUGAUCGACAAGAGAAAGCUGAUGACUUGUUGAAGGACUUGAUGAGAAAAGGUUAUCCUUGUAUGUCUAUUCAUGGUGGAAAGGAUCAAGUUGAUCGCGAUUCUACAAUUGAUGAUUUCAAGGCUGGUGUGGUUCCUAUUAUGAUUGCUACAUCAGUAGCUGCUCGCGGUCUUGACGUCAAGCAACUUAAGCUCGUUGUCAAUUUCGAUGCACCCAAUCAUUUAGAAGACUAUGUCCACAGAGCUGGCCGAACUGGUAGAGCUGGUAACACUGGAACUGCUGUCACUUUCAUAACAGAAGAGCAAGAACAGUAUUCGGUAGGUAUCGCGAAAGCUCUUGAACAAUCUGGACAGGAGGUACCCGAUAGGCUUAAUGAAAUGAGGAAAUCAUACAAGGAUAAAGUCAAAAGUGGUGCUAAAAAGGAGAGUUCAGGAUUCGGUGGGAAAGGUCUCGAACGUUUUGAUGCUGAGCGCGAAGCUACUAAAGCUCGUGAACGUAAGAUACACAAAAUUAAUGGGGAGGAUGACGAGGAAGAGAAAGAAGAGAAGGAUGAUGAAGUCCUUCUCAAAGCUGCAUCAGUCGUUCAACCUGCUGCUUCUACUGCGCCUCCAAAGUUGCUUGGUGUGCCUAAAGGUAUCGAUCUCGACGGUGAUAUCAAAGUUCACCGCACUGAACCCGCAGCUACUACUGGCUCCAAACUCGAUAAAGUUACAUCAGCUAUUGAUGCCAUUAAUGCACGUCUUAAUAAAACUGGACAACUUCGUUCUGGUGUUCCAAUCGACAAUAAAGGACCUGACGCAGGCGCUUUCCAUGCAACAUUGGAAAUUAAUGAUUUCCCACAGAAAGCUAGAUGGGCAGUUACGAAUCGAACUAAUGUGGCGAAGAUUUUGGAAGCAACUGGUACUAGUAUUACGACUAAAGGAAGCUUUUAUCCGGCUGGGAAAGAAGUUCAGGCAGAUCCCAAAUUGUAUAUCUUGGUUGAGGGAGAUACAGAGGUGGUGGUGACAAAUGCUAUGAGGGAGUUGAUGAGGUUGUUGAAAGAGGGUACGAUGGCGGCGGCGGAUGCAGAGGGCAGAGCACCGGUUGGUGGAAGAUACACUGUUACUUAG